AGUUUAUGAUGGACAGGAAGCAGGGUAUUGUGAAGCUGUUGGUCCAGAAUAGCUUGGAGCACUGGUACAUUGUGCCCAGCGUCAGCAGGAUCCCGAUCACAGAGGACGGACUCAGUACGACCCUCUUCCUUCGCCCAGUUCAGGAUGGACAUGAAGCAGUGUGUUGUGAAGCUGUUGGUCCAGCCGUCCAGAGGACUUGCUGAUGAGAAGUUUAUUGUCCUGGUCCAGAAGGCCCCGCCUGGCUUCCAGCUGACUGUCCACGCCCUUCACAAGUGUGAAAUUGGACAGAGCUGGGAGGCUUUUGGUCACUACACGGCCGAUGCAACAGGGGCUGUGAACGUUUCAGAGGAUCCCAGUCUGGGUGGGACGUAUUCUGGGGUUGAACAAAUGGGUCUAAUGUGGAGCCUCAGACCAGUUCCAGGCAGCAAACCUGGACUCAGGUUAAGGAAGAUGAACGUCCAGACUCCCAUGGAGGUCACAAUCUCAGUGUACCAGGGUCACCAGACUGAGGGCUUCAUGGAUCAGGUGCCACUGGCCAGUGUGGUGGUGGAGCGCUGGUUCAUGGCGCCCGGCGUCCGCAGGAUCCCGAUCACAGAGGACGGCCUCACUGCGACCCUCUUCCUGCCUCCAGGACCUGGACCUUUCCCCGGCCUCUUCGAUCUGUGGGGGGGAUCAGGGAAGUUGGUGGAGUACCGUUCAGCACUGCUGGCCUCCCAUGGCAUCGCCUCCCUUGUCCUCGACUACAUUACACCUAAAAUCACCAUGGAAACUGGGAAGAUGGUUGACCUCCAGUACUUUGAGACGGCCUACAAAGUCCUGGAGCAGCACCCACAGGUCCUAAGCAGCAGGAUCGGCAUGUUGGGUCUUUCAAUGGGCGCCAGCAUGACCCUCAAAAUGGCGGUUUACUCCCAAGUUAUUAAACUCAGGUGUGCAGUGUCCAUUGGUGGGAGUCAUGUGCAGCCGGUUGAGGGAUCUGUGGAAAAAAUGCUGGGUUUCUAUCAUAAGAACACUGACAGGAUUCGUGUCACUGAGGAGAACGAAGUGAUCUACCGAGAUCUGUCUCUGCCGAUCCCCUCUGACCCCUCGCUCAAAGUGGAUGUGGGACGACUCAAGUGCCCUCUGUUGUUGGUUCUGGGUGACGAUGAUCAGAACACCCCCGCCUAUGAGUCCGCAAUGGAUAUGAAGGAAAUGAUGGAGCGGGCAGGGAAUAAGCACCUGCUCACUAUCCUGUUGUAUCCGAACGCAGGUCACAUGAUUGAACCACCGUACAUGCCAUAUGCUCGAGGUGGAACCUACAGAACACUUGACACGCAUGAGAGAGUGAAGGUCCUGUGGGGCGGAGAGACAGUGGCACAUUCUCGGGCUCAGGAGGACGCCUGGAAGAAGACGCUGGUCUUUCUGAGGGAGAAUCUGUUUGGUGGCACAAACCCUGGUGCACCGUGAUUGUUCCAUCUGCCA